UAAUUCCACCCAUUUUCAUUUUGCAAAAAUAUACAGUUUAAAAGUUUUAUUAUCAUUGCUUAGAGUUUCUCAGGAACACUAGCUAGAACCUAAUAGCGACUACUAGGAAGCUAGCUAAAACAAAAAUUUAACUUCUAAUAAUAUAAGAUUUUAAAUAACUUUCAAAUGAUUAAUAAAAUAAAUAUGAUUAUUUUUUAAUUAAAUCUAAUAAAAAAAAUUCAGAUCAUUAAUCCAACAAGCCUCCUCAAAUUAUCAGUGAUGAAACACACAACCAAUAGAACACUUUAAUUCCACCCAUUUUCAUUUUGCAAAAAUAUACAGUUCAAAAGUUUUAUUAUCAUUACUUAGAGUUUCUCAGGAACACUAGCUAUAACCUAAUAGCGACUACUAGGAAGCUAGCAAAAACAAAGAUCAGAGAAGAACGUUUUCAAAAAGAGAAAGAGAUCAUACUAAAUCGAGGUACUUUCGUUAGAUCGAUGAUUUGAUUCAGUUAAUAGUUUGAUUGACAUGGAUUCAUACUGAUAGGUUUCUUUAAAACAAUACUUAUCAAUAGCACCUGCAUGCUCUAGAUGCGCAGCUUGUAAGUUCUAAAAGAGUAAAUGCACACAAGAAUGUGUAUUUGAACCAUGUUUUCCAGUAUAUGAAAUUUUCAUGCGUUCACCAAGUUAUGUCGCUAAGAGCAACUUUAAUGGUGAGAUAGUCACUAAAUAUCUUAUCAAUAUAAUAUUAUUAAGUUAAGUAAAAAUUAAGUUAAGAAAUUGUACUAAAUUUGUUACCUUUAAUGGUAAGAACAACAUUAACUGAAAGAUGAGGAAGAGUUACUAAUUACAAUUAUAUGUUAAAAAAAAGAAAAAGUAAGAGAGAGAUGAAGUAAAAGUUUCUCUACACAAAACUUCUAAGAACCUGUUUACAAUCUUAACUUGCUUACAUGUCAUUUAUGUAUUGGUUUCAUUUUCAGGUUUUAAUUAUAAUAAUCUAAUAAAGUUAUACUUAAUAAGAUAUUAAUACUUUUUAGUUCAGAUACUCAAAUUCCUCAUUCUCCUGUUACUGAUGCUCUGAGUUAUCCACUAACUUUCUAAUCAUUAUAAUAUUAUUAUUAUUUUAUUUAUUUUAUUUUAGUUUAAUGUAAUUUAGUUUAUGAAUAAUAUUUUAAAAACUUAUAUUAAACUUAAAUAUAAUAAAGGCGUUAUAGUACUUUAAUAAUAAAAAAAUAAGCUUCUUAGCUAACUAUACUUUAUAAUUAUCUAAUAAAGUUAUACUUAAUAAGAUAUUAAUACUUUUUAGUUCAGAUACCCAAAUUCCUCAUUUUCCCGUUAAUGAUGCUCUGAUAUAUCCACUAAGUUUCUAAUCAUUAUAAUAUUAUUAUUAUUUUAUUUUAUUUUAGUUUAAAUUAAUUUACUUUAUGAAAAAUAUUUUAAAAACUUAUAUCAAACUUAAAUAUAAUAAAGGAAUUGUACUUUAAAUAACACAAAUAAACUAAGCUUCUCAGCUAACUACCCUUUCACCUGAGAAAAGAUGCCGUUAAAUCUCUUGUCUACGAAGCGAAGCUAGAAUCCGAGACCCGGUUUACGGGUGCGUCGGUUUAAUCUCAUUCAUUCAACAUCAGAAUAAAUGGCUUCAACAAGAUACUGAUAUCCUCAAAGAACAACUCGGGUCUUAUGUUAGUCCUCAAGCUAUGCUUUCUACUCUCCAACAACCGCAGCAGACGCAGUUCAUGCUCAAACACAGCAGCCGCAAUUCAUGCUGCAAUCGCAAACGCAGCAGACGAGUUUUAUGCCGCUAUCGCAUGAGCAGUUUCCAACGAUGAUAGGACAUGUGUUCAAUCGGCAGCAAUAGCAAAAUCUUUUUGAGGCUCAAGAUAUAGAAGCAGCUAACAGAGACUGGCAACGUAAUGAAAUAUUUAGAGAGUAUGCAGAAAGAGGUGUAGCAGUUGCGGCAUCAUCAAAACCAACAUCAGGAUGACUUUGUACCAAUCUGAUCGGUAACAACAACCGGGUACAAUCAGUUAAUCUCUAGCUGUACAACCAUAACCGGAGUGACCCUCUUUGGAUCUUGGUGGUAACUAUGUUGCUAGUAGCAGUUUACAGCAGCAGCAUCUUGGUGGUACCUCAGGCCCAUGUUUUGAGGUCUAAUAAUGGUUUUGACUCUGUACCGACCGGUUCUGUUACAGCAACCGAAUACAAUCAGUUAACCUCUAGCGGUACAGCCGGAAUGAGGCUCAUUCAUGCCUACACAACCUUCUCAACCGCUACCGCUUCAAAUGCAGGAGGCGCAGCCGAGUUCAGAGAGCGAGGAGAGUACCUAGGAGUACCAUUGGUUCAUCUCGGUAGUUAGUAGAAUAUUAAUCAAAUUUUACAUAAUUUAAUCAUCAUAUCUUUUAAUAUUUUUGUCUUUUAUUUAAAAUACAAAUAAAUAUUGUUUAAAAAAUCUAAGAAAAUCUUUUUAGAAUUUAUAGUAAUAGCAAUAUAAGCCACUUAAAUAUAUGCAUUAUAGAAUUAUAUAAUACAUAUAAACUAUAUUAAUUAGUAAUCAAUUUUGUUAUAUAAACUAAAAUGUUUUAGUAUAAGAAGAAAAAUCUGCAUGUGCGGAAUAAGAUCUACUAAAAGUUUUAAAAUCAUUGCUUAAGAGUAUAUUUGAUAAUUGAAUGAUUAGUUAAUUGGACAUUGGGGUUUCAUGUACAUAAAGAUGGAAGCAAAUAAAAAGUGUUUGUAUUCGUGGGGCUUACUUUUUUAGUAAAUCUGUUUAAGAUUUCGUAUUAGCAUGAGAUUAUAGGAAAAUGCAAAGAAACAAAAGAGAUUACAGGAAAAGGACUUAUCUCCAGACAAAAACAUCAGUUAAAUGAAAUAAUUUAACUUAAUCAAAAUCAAAUGAAAUAGUAACAAACCCCAGAUAAUAAUUAUUAGAUCCGACGGCUGUAGAUCUUCCUCUAUUGUAAUCUCAACGCUUACGGUUUAUGGCGUGAAUACGCUACUAUAAAAGAUAGCCUCCAUCAUAAGAGAACCGAACCCUCCUCUCUUUUUUUUCAUUUUCUUCUUCCUGAUUUUAACUCUCUUUUGUUAACAAUCUUGGAGCAUAAGGUAGAGUCCGAUGGUAGAGUCAAUCGGAGAUCAGAUCAAUAAUAUGGUUUCACGGAUAUCCUAAAUGAACUUUUUGAAAAAAAUAGUAUUGAAUCGAGGUAAGACUGAUGUUUCCUUUCUUUGAUCGAUGAUUUGAUUCAGUUAAUAGUUCGAUUUACAUGAACUGAUAUCAUUAGUUUGAUUGACAUGUAUUGAUAUUGAUAGAUUGUUCUUUUCUUUCUUAUCAUUUAUGAUUAUUAGUGUUUGAAUCUUUUCGUAGGUAUUCUUUGUUAUAUUCUCAGUGUAGUUUCCAUUUACAAUCGUGAAACCGAAAGUCAUUUUUUCUUCUUUUACAGAAAGAUAUGGCAUCUUCAAACUCUCCAUGCUCAGCUUGCAAGUUUCUGAGGAGAAGAUGCACACGAGAAUGUGUAUUUGCACCACAUUUUUCAGCGGACCAACCUAACAAGUUCUCAUGCGUUCACAAAGCUUUCGGAGCCAGUAACGUCGCUAAGCUUCUCAGCGAACUAACCUUCAACCAAAGAGAAGACGCCGUUACCUCUCUUGUCUACGAAGCCGAAACUAGAAUCCAAGACCCCGUUUACGGUUGCGUCGGUUUAAUCUCACUCCAACAACAACGGCUCAAACAGAUUCAACGCGAUACUGAUGUCGCCAGGAGAGAACUCGCGACUUACAUCGGUCCUCAAGCUAUGCUUCCUAUUCUCCAACCGCAGCAGACGCAUUUGAUGCCGCAAACACCACCGCUGCAGCAGUUUGUGCCGGAAACGAAGCAGGCGUAUUUCAUGCCGGAAACGCAACAGCAAACGCAGCAGCCGCAGCCAGAAACGCAGCAGACGCAGUUCAUGCCGCAAACACAGGAGACGCAAUUCAUGCCGCAAACUGAUCAAACGCAAUCCAUGCCACAAACGCAGCAGAUGCAGUUCAUGCCCCAAACACAGAAAUUCAUGCCGCAAACGCAGCGACCGUCUUCGUCUUCAGUGUCUGCGGAGCUGACUCAGCAACAGCAUCAUGAUCUGUUUCCAUCGAUGGCUAUUCCGACUGCACAACUGUAUCAGCAACAGUUUUUUGAGUUUCAGCAACUAGAAGCGGUUGCUAGAGAAAAACAUAGUGAAAUGUUAAGAGCGUAUGGGGAAGAAGGCAGUAGCAGUUCACAUCAACAUCAUCAAAACCAACCUGAGGCUCAGGUUUUGAGGUUUAAUGAUGGUUUUGACUCUGUACCGACUGGUUCUGUUACAUCAACCGGGUUUAAUCAAUUGACGCCCAGUGGUACAACCGUAACCAGCGUGUCACACUCUUUGGCUCUUGGUGGUACCUAUGAUAUUGAGACUCAGUUAACCAUGCCUACGCAAUCUUCUCAACAGCUGCCGCUUCAAACGCAUGAUGCUCAGUUGUUCAUGUCUACGCAAGCUUCUAAACCGCAACAGCAACAUUGUGAGGCUCAGUUAUCCAUGCCUUCACAAUCUUCUCAACCACUACCGCUUCAAACGAAGGAGACGCAGACGAGUUCAGAGAGUGACGAGGGCAGCUAGGAGUACCAUUGGUUUAUCUCGGUAGUUAGUAAAAAAAAAAGAAGAGAGCAGAGGAAACGGCCUUUAACCUUCUCGCUUACUGAAAAACCUCAAAUGUUUUCUCAAUUUAAGGUACAUUUAGGAUCAAAAUAGUUUAGGGUUUUGAUUUGAUGUACUUUAUCUGCUUUUUGGUUAUUCUUUCCGGUAUAGUACAGUUACAUUGGCACAGAGGAGCCAAGUUUUGCUUUUAUACGACAUUUAAAGAUAAGAGCCUUUUCAUUUGGCUUAAAACUGACUGUUUGUUGGAUUCUCUGAACAACAAUGCAUUGACUCACAUCACUUCACCGAUUCUUGACCUAGAGUAUGAUUUGGUAGUAGUUUACGAUUUAGUAUAUUACUAGCUUUCUUCUUCUCUUUCUUCUUCCUAAUAGAAUAUAAUUUGUGUAGCUUAAUUAAGAAGAGUCUGCGAUUUGUUUACACCUUUCUAUCUGGAAAUUUUUUGAAGUGGUGUUUCAUUAGAUACACUUUAUUCAUCCAUAUAUUAGCUUCAAUCACAUCGUUAAACUUCUUUAUAUUAAUUGAACCAACAACGGCUGAAAACACUUACAAUACCAUCGAAAAAUAUGGUCAAACCAAUCUAAAACGUUAACUAGCUUUCAUUCAUUGACCCUUCUGAACAUAGCAUGUCAUAUGAUCAUAAGAUGUAUAUAUGUGGAUGAGAUGUAGAUAUUUUUACCUGAUGGGUCAUGAGAGUUGGAUACUUAAUGUACAUGCAUGUGCAUAAAUUAGUAUACUAAUCUAACCAGUCGGAUGCUUAGUAUAUAGCAAUAAAGAGAAGG